CUUUCAUAUUUUUGGUAAUAUUAAAACUAUAGGGAACAUUAUCAAUUCAGACCUUUUUGUAACGACCAAUGAAAUGACACUUAGCACCAAUCUCAUGUUUCUAAUGACAACAGAGGAAGCUAAAAAAUCUAAAAUGGUGGACAAAGUUUAACCAUGUCUACUAGUCGAAAUAAGAAGUCUCAGCAUAUGCUUGCUCCAGGCAAUAAUGUUGGAGCAAGCACAACAUCUAAGAAGAGUCAUGGAGCAUCAACAAUGAAGAGUAAAUAUGGUACUAUAAGAGGCACUACAUAUGGCAGCUCCAGAACUAAUAUUCCGUCAUCUGCCAGUAAGACCCGCAGUCUUGUCAAUGCACAAGAUGGUGGAAAGCCACACAAAGCUCCUGUACAGAUAUUUGAUGAAACUGGCAAUGAUGUCACACCUCAGCCUCUACAUUUGGCUGACCCAAACCAGGUUAAACAGAAACAGAGCAAUCUUCUAGCAGAAAGUUCAGGAGGCACGCCAACAGAUUUGAUGUCACAAGCAUCUAUUUAUAACACUGGUACUGUGACAGCAAGUACGUUUGGUGGUGGACCUUUUACAAGAUCAGUGUUUAGUCAGUCUUAUGAUACAGGAUCAGAAUCUAUGGCAGAACCUGAUGAACCCGACCAGUCACAGGAGAUCUCUACAGCAUGGGGAGAAAUCAAGCAUAAGAGAGUUGACGUUGAGGAGGAUUUAAAGGAAGAUGAUUUAGAUAAGAUUGUUGACCUGACUCUGACAGAAACAGAAACAAUAUGGCUGCUUGACAUGCCUGGUGUGUGUGUUUCAACAGAAAGUGAUGAGGCUGAUAGUGUAAGGAAGAAGAAUGAGGCCUAUCAAGACCUUGUGAAGAACAAACAAGGCAAUGACAGGUAUGCUGAGAGGGGUAUGAACACUUUUAAUGAACCACAGAAAUGUAAACUUGUACAGACAAGCAAGAUUGGAUAUACUGAGAUGGGAAUAAAUGCUACAACUUGGGACAUGUAUGAUACUUAUGAACAGAUUGACAAAGAUACUAAGGGUAAAUCAGAUGAAAAUGAUGAAGAAGGUACUAUCUCUCGGCCAGGAAGUCCUAAAGAAGGGGCAGAAGAGGCCAAACCUGAUACUACUGAUCCUCUAGAUACUACUGUCAGAGAAAAAAGCGCUGCCUCUGUUAGAAUAGCCAAGGGUAAGGUAGCGAAAGAUAGUAGAGCCACAUUUACCUCCUCGUUUGCUGGAUCAGAAAGUGUCUUUGCAAGCAGAGAGACUGGAGUGUCAUCUGUUCCUACUGAAGCCACUGCAAUAGAUGAAGACAAAAUACUUCAGUCGGAGAGUUUUAAGACAGAUCUGUUUGUUAUGGAGAGAGUUAUUAACCUGAACAGUUACCAGGGCAAACAGGCUUUAUAUAGAGGAUUCAACAUUGUCAAUGGAAAUGAAUCGGAGGAGAGCGCCCCGAUUUCAGUGCCGGAUAUUGAUCAAGAUUUGAGUGCCGCGACACAGCAGUUAGCGGUAUCUGGUGAUGUAGGACCAAAUUUUGAUCGUCUUUGGUCGUACACCUGUAAAGGAACACAAGGUAGAAAUGUCAGCUGCCUGUCCUGGAACAAGUCCAAUCCCGAUUUGGUAGCAGUAGGAUAUGGCCAGUUUGAGUUCUCCAAUCAGAAGGAAGGGUUGCUGAUGUGUUGGUCUCUCAAAAAUCCAGAGUUUCCAGAACGUGUGUACACAUGUAAGGAAGGUGUGACGGCAGCAGACUUCUCCAGGGUUAAUCCAAGCCUUCUUGCUGUUGGUCUAUAUGAUGGAGGUGUAGCCGUGUACAAUGUUAGACAUUCAACAGAUGAACCUAUCUUAGAUAACUUUUUAUCACCUGGUAAGCAUACGGCACCAGUAUGGCAGAUCAAGUGGAUAGAGAAAGAAAGAGGUUCAGGAGAAGAAUCAGCUGAGGUGUUAGUCUCCAUCUCUACUGACGGCAGAGUGUGUCAGUGGUCUAUUAGGAAAGGCUUUGAAUGUUAUGAUUUAAUGAGACUAAAGAAAAUGCCUACAAGAAUGGGUGGUAAGAAGGAGAAGAAAGGGGAAGCAUUUAUUUCACGCCAUGCAGGAGGUCUUAGUUUUGACUUUAAUACACGCGAUGCUAACAUUUAUUUAGCUGGAACUGAAGAUGGUCACAUACACAGAUGUUCAUGUUCAUAUAAUGAACAGUUUCUUGAAAGUUAUUUUGGACACACUGGACCUGUAUAUGGUAUUGUAUGGUCACCAUUUGUACCCGAUGUAUUUUUAAGUUGUAGUGCAGAUUGGAGCAUCAGAUUAUGGCAUCAGGACAAACCUAGACCUGUAUUGAACUUCUUCUCUUCCACGAAACCAGUCUAUGAUAUUGCCUGGUCACCAAAUUCUUCAACAGUGUUUGCCUGUGUUAAUGAAGGCUCUGUAGAAGUCUGGGAUCUUAAUAUUAGCACUUUGGAUCCAAUCAUAGUAAAUAACCCAACUUCUGGUGCCAAACAGACCUCUGUCACAUUCUCAAAGAACUCGGAUUGUUUAUUAGUUGGGGAUAGUGAGGGUCAGGUUACAGUGUUACAGCUUAGAUCAAUGCCUGCGCCUUUGCCACAAGACAAACAGCGUGACAGGCUUCUUGAAGUGAUCAAACAUUCAGCUUCCGAGGAUAAGAAUGAUCUUGGUAAAGACAUAGAUGUAAUAGAUGUAGAAUUAGAAGGUGAAAAGGGUGAAAAAAGGAUAAAUAUAAAUCUCCAAGAAAUAAAUGAUUUGAUUGGGGAGUAAACUGUUCGUGGCUGAUUGUUUGAUGAAAAUAAUCAAUACCAGUCUAGCAUCUCAGUUACAGAACCAGUCACCUACGGAACCAGACAAAGUGGAAAGGGAGGAAACUCAGCUUGAAGAUGAUUUACCACCAGAUAUGGACUAAAUGAC